UCUGUGUUUCUUAACUCAGGGGGAUGACCGUAUGAAGCUGCCCAGCCCCAAUGACAGUAAGUUCUUCCAGAGCCUGUUGGAUGAGGAGGAUGUGAGGACUUUAUGGAUGCUGAGGAGUACCUGGUCCCAUCACUUUAACAUGCUUCCACUAUCAUACACAGCCAGGCUCCGCGUCGACUCCAACAGGAACCAGUUUGGGUACCGGGACGGUUCAGGCUCGACCCCUGAGGAGGGCCUGGCAUUGGGAGGGUCCCCGGCUUGUGYYUCCUCUCCAGAUCCUGCAGGCAGGCAGGGGGCAGCCCUGGACGCCCUGGAGGACCAGCACUGCAACGGCACGCUGCUCAAGAAGAAGCCCCAGACGAGGCCCGGGGCAGAGGACAACAACGGGCAGCGCUACAGUGCCGACCCUACCGUGUUCCUGGGGCCCCGGGGGGUGGGGCCCCGGGGGACACGGACGAGGACGGCUACAUGACCCCCAUGAAGGA